GUCAAGCCUCGCUACCUCAUCAGAAGAGAGACUUGUUUUGUAGUUUUAUCGGGCUUGGAGAGUGGGCAUCCACAGCAGUCGCCAGGUCUGGAUGGGGUAAAAAAGAUCUCUUGAAGUGCACUGCCUUCGUCGGCCUUUCGUCUUCUCUCGCACCAGAGGACCAGCCUUGUUUUCUAGGAUUUUUGUGUUUGCUUUUCUCCUAGUUUUUUGUUUUUAGCUCUUAAUCCCGCCUCUGGAUCAUAACUCCUUUUCUCCUGAUUGAAUCUGCCACAUUCUUCUGUUACUGGAGAGAGUUUCACACAUUUUUGUUUUGAAAAAAAUCAAAAAUGGCUCGUAUGAAUAAACCUGCCCCAGUGGAGAUCACUUACAAACACAUGAGAUUCCUCAUUACUCACAACCCCACUAAUGCCACACUUAACAAAUUCAUUGAGGAACUGAAGAAGUAUGGGGUCACCACGGUUGUUAGAGUCUGUGAAGUCACUUAUGAUGCAAACCUGGUGGUUAAGGAGGGCAUUCAAGUUCUGGAUUGGACCUUUGAUGAUGGAGCUCCUCCCUCCAACCAGAUUGUUGACGACUGGCUUAAUCUUCUUAGGAUUAAGUUUAGGGAGGAGCCAGGCUCCUGCAUUGCUGUGCACUGUGUAUCAGGACUUGGAAGAGCCCCAGUACUGGCUGCUUUAGCCCUGAUUGAAUGUGGGAUGAAAUAUGAAGAUGCAGUUCAGUUCAUACGACAAAAGCGCCGUGGAGCAUUUAACAGCAAGCAGCUCUUCUAUCUGGAAAAAUAUCGUUCCAAAAUGCGACUUCGCUUCAAAGAUUCUAACGGCCAUCGUAACAACUGCUGCAUACAGUAGAUGCAUGCGACUCAGCCUUUUUAAAACAUGAAAUCCGAAUCUGUAUCUAACAUGAAUAGUUUGUUCUCUAAAUUGGUAACUGAAAAUACUGUUACAGAAGUUAAGCUUAUUUUAUCACAAGUCCCUCCUCCUUUUGUUGUUUCUGUAGAGAAUCUCUGUCGGCAAGGUUAGUGUGCGUUUUUGCUUGUUUUUAAAGGGCCAUAGAACACAUGAGCUAAAUGUUUGCAUUGGACUUUCUAAUGGUAAGCAAGUUCAGUAAAACAUCUGCCAAACACGUUACGCUUUAUAAUGUAAAUGGUUUAAAGAAAUUUAAGGUGAAUGCAUUUUUGUUAACAAUGAUUUUUUUUAUCUGUAAUAAAUGCCGGCAUAAAAAAUAUCUAGAAUGCCUCAUUACAGCUGAAAGACACCACCUAGUGGAGGAGUAGUCAACGGCAUUUGGAGAGGUUUCGUGAUGCCUUUUGCAGAAAAAAAAAUCAGGAAGAGAGAUGAUAAUAGAAUAAAAUCUCAUUAUAUAAAUAUUUUGAAGGUUGGGGGUACUAGUUUUUGUUUUUUAUCCAAACUUUGUUUACCUAUUUACUGCCAUGUGAAUAGUGUGAUGUUUGUGUUUUGGCUUAAAACUGGAACCUUUGUGUCUGCUGUGUUUUUAUGCCUUUUUAUUUGAUGUACGUAACUUAAUAUUUCAGUACUUGAUUUAUGUACGGUAUUUGAAUAUGUGUACUGUCAAAUCAUCUAUUUAUAUCAAUGGAUAUGUGUUUUAGUAUAGGGAGAUCGAUAGGUUGCAACAAGUUUGCCAAGUACAAUAAAGAAUAAAGGAUACACUG